GAUGUUCCCUUUUUCCCUUUUUCAAAACAAUGAACUUCCGGGUAUCGGAAGUAGCAUUUGGAACUCAAAACGACUGCCGUAGCUAACUGAAAUUCAAAUUCAGUCAAAUCUACAAUGCAUUAUUAGACAUUUUAACCUUUGCGCUAUAAGGCUUGCGAAUAAAGUCGCCGUCAGGGAAUAAUUUUGAUUGUGAAGUCGAGAGCGAGCAAGAUAGCUAACUAUUUAGCCUAGCUUGGUCAACCUGUCCGGUGUUGACAUUAUUCAUCAACAACUUGCGAUAAUGACACAAGUGUAAGCUAUUUUAACGUCACGAUGAAGUAUUUGGUGCUUGUAGCCUUUUGGGCUCCUUGUUGGGUCAAUUGUGCGAUUAAACCAAGGGCGAUUGAGGAAGAAACACGGGAAAAUGACCCCGAGUUCGAGGCUCUGAGUUCUUUGCUGUCUGACUUUGAGGUGCUGCCCGUGUCCGGCCUCCAGCAGCACUCGGUCAGGAAGAGGGACGUCCACACCCUGUCCCACCUGGAGCGCCUGGUCAGCUUCAGCGCCCUCAAGAGACAUUUCAAGCUUUACUUGACAACUAACACAGACUUGUUUACUGAGGACUUCAAAGCUGUGUUUGUAGAUAAGCAAGGGAAGGAGGACAGCUAUGAUGUUCAGCUUCAGAACUACUUUACCGGACAUCUUGUAGGAGAGGAGCACUCCCGUGUGCAGGCACACAUAGACGGGGACGAGUUCUCUGCCCACAUCCUGACCGAUGAGACAGAGUACAAUGUAGAGCCCCUGUGGAGGUUCACCGAGGCGCCCCCCGAUGGCCGUCUGUUGGUGUACCGCUCAGAGGACAUCAGGAACCUCAGUCGCCUGGCCUCGCCCAAGGUGUGUGGAUACGUCCACGCUGGGGCCCAGGACUUUCUACCAGAGGCAGCUAGAGGUGGAGAGGCACAGGAGGAUUCCUUCCACAGAGAGAAGAGAGCGGCCCACAACCACAAGAAGAACACAUGUCCUCUAGCCCUGGUGGCUGACUACCGCUUCUUCAAACACAUGGGCCGUGGAGAGGAGAGCAUCACACUCAACUACCUGAUUGAGUUGAUUGACAGAGUGGACGACAUGUACAGGAACACAACCUGGGAUGACGAGUUCACAGGAUACGGUGUUCAGAUCCAACAGAUCAUCAUCAACAAGGAGCCGACCAGAGCGCCACUUGGCCAGGCUGGCCCGGGCUGGACCCACUACAACAUGAUGGGAAGCCCCAGCCAAGGCAAGGAGGUGUGGGACGUCAAGAAACUGCUGGAGCAAUUCAGCUCGGAUAUAGCGGACAAUGCUAGCACUGUGUGCCUGGCCCACCUGUUCACCUACCAGGACUUUGACGAGGGGACACUGGGCCUGGCCUACGUGGCCCCCUCUAAAGCCCAGGCUCUGGGGGGCCUCUGCCCCAAACCGUACUUUCCAUCUCAGUCCGUCAAGAAGCCCAGUUACCUCAACACUGGUUUAACCAGCACCAAGAAUUAUGGCAAAACCAUUCUAACCAAGGAAGCAGAUUUGGUGACAACCCAUGAAUUGGGCCAUAACUUUGGGGCAGAGCACGACCCUGACAACAUCCCCUACUGCGCCCCUAGCGAUGACCAUGGGGGCAAGUUUGUCAUGUACCCCAUCGCUGUGAGCGGGGACCACUACAACAACAAGCGAUUCUCCAACUGCAGUAAGAUAUCCAUAGGGAAGACGCUGCGCUUCAAGGCCCCUAUCUGCUUCAAGGAGAGGAACAGCAAGGUGUGUGGGAACUCCCGCGUGGAGGAGGGGGAGGAGUGCGACCCGGGCAUGCUGCACCGCAACAACGACCCGUGCUGCUCCGCCGACUGCAAGUUCAGGCCAGAGUCCCAGUGCAGUGACAGGAAUAGUCCGUGCUGUAAGAAAUGCAAGUUUGAGAAGGCAGGGAAGACGUGCCAGGAGCCCAUCAACGCCACCUGCAAGGGCAUGUCCCGCUGCACAGGGAACAGCAGUGAGUGCCCAGCCCCAGACAACGCUCCGGACAAUACCAUCUGUGUGGACAGUGGGAGGUGCAGCGACGGGGAGUGCAUGACCUUCUGUGAGGCCGUGCAGAACCUGCAGCCCUGUGCUUGUAAUGAGACAUACGACUCGUGUAAGGUGUGCUGUCGGGACAAAAAUGGUGCCUGCACACCCUUCGUCAAAAGCGACGGGAACUUCCUGUACCUGCGCAAGGGGAAACCCUGUACCGUGGGCUUCUGUGAUGAGGGCGGUAAAUGCAUGAAGCAAGUCCAGGAUGUGAUCGAGAGGUUGUGGGAUUUCAUCGACAAGCUGGACAUCAACACAUUCGGGAAGUUCCUAGCAGACAAUAUAGUGGGCUCAGUUGUGGUGUUCUCUCUAGUCUUCUGGAUCCCUCUCAGCAUCCUGGUGCACUGUGUGGAUAAAAAUCUGGACAAGGAGUAUGAGGAGAACACCAAGACCAUGUACUUCCCCAGCCAGAUGGUUGAGGUACCUGUAUUUAGUAGAGCUCCACCCUCAGAAUGCAGAGAUGCUGAACAGCCUCGAGUCGGCCUCCGUCCGCAUCGUCAAGCCACCUCCGCCUCCCACUUUCUUCUCCGCCGCUCGGAUCCUACCCCACUCCCUCCCUCCUCUACCCCCAAUGGGCCCGUCUGCCUCAGGCAGCAGCAGUACCCCAGCCCCAGGCUCGGCUUCGGGCCCUGGCCCGUCCUCGGGGAGCGGAGUGGUGGUGGUGGGGGGGGAGGGCCCACGGAUGGCCACCAUCCAGGAGGAUCCCAGCUGCGACUCUCACCACGACCUGGACAAGGACGACUUCCCUCCUCGCGGAGGCUCCAACGCCACCAAGUCCUCAUACGAGGACCUGACAGCGGAGCAGAGCACGCCGCGCUCGGGCCGCCACGACAAGCGCCGCCUCAAGAGGCAGGCCUGCGUGGUGGACAGUAAAGAGACCGAGUGCUGAGGAACAUGUUUGUAUAUGUACGCACACAGUUGCGCGCACGUACAGACACACUCACACACAAUUGUACAUGAGGGAACAUUCGCACACACACAGUCUAGAAUAGAUACAGUAUGUAGGUACAUGCAUACAGACACUCAUGCAUAUCCAUGCACAGAAUAUAUGCAUAGAAUAGAUUAUACUAUAUAGUAGAUGCAGGUAACUGCCAAAAUAAAGGAAAGGCUUGAGUAAAUGAGGGAUACAAAGUAUAUUGAAGCAGGUGCUUCCA